ACAGCUGAAAUAAAAUAAUAUGAGAAAAUAAAUAACAUAAAAUAAUAUUUUUUAAAUAUUUAAUUUCAAUUAAUGUUUAUUUCAAGUAACAAAAAUGUUUUAAUAGUUUUAAUUUUAGUUAACUAUAAUAAUAACCCCCAUUGAAGAUAUCUGGUUGCCUGUUUUUAUUAAUCAUGAUGUUUUUAUAGUUGUUUUUCCCCUUGUCUGAGUAUGCUAAGUAGCAAUCAGUGUAUUAGUAAUUAUGUGUCAAAUAAAUCAUAAUUUAAAUGUUGUCGUCUUAGGUUUAGCAUAAAAAUGCCACAGUUUGGAUUGUGUUUACUGCUUCUGUUCUCUGGACUGAUUCAUCACAUCAAAAGCCAUAUUAAAAAGGAAGACAAAACUAGUGAAAAGGAACGACCCAAUUUCAUCAUUAUCCUAGCUGAUGAUAUUGGAUGGGGUGACCUCUGGCUGAACAGGCCUGACAACUCCACACCAACACCCUGGCUGGACUCAUUAAUGCUGAAUGGCAAAAGAUUCACAGACUUCCACUCUCCUGCCUCCACAUGCUCGCCAUCACGUGCUGCCCUCCUGACCGGCAGACAUGGGCUACGCAAUGGGGUCACUCAUAAUUUUGCAGUGGGGUCAGUCGGAGGGCUGCCACUCAAUGAGACAACGUUUGCUGAGCUCUUGCAUGAUGCAGGUUAUUAUACAGCCAUUAUCGGAAAAUGGCACCUUGGACACAAUGGUUCCUACAAUCCUGUUCAUAGAGGUUUUGAUUAUUACUUCGGUAUUCCUUAUAGCAACGACAUGGGCUGCACUGACAAACCAGGUCUCGACCUUCCCAGCUGUCCACCCUGUCUCCACAGUCAGUAUACUACUAGGAAGCAUGAAGAAUGCUACACUAAAGUGGCAUUGCCUCUGUUUGAAAAUGAGACAAUAAUUGAACAACCCUUGGACACAUGGAGCCUUAAAGACAGAUAUGCCACAGCGGCAGUCAAUCAGAUAUUCACAGCCAGCAUUUUGAAGAAGCAGCCGUUCCUACUGUAUGUGGCUCUUGCUCACAUGCAUGUCCCACUGUUCCAUAACGCCUUCCUAAACGUUACGACACAAGACCCUUACACAGCCAGCCUCAGUGACAUGGACUCUUUGGUGGGGACAAUCAUGCAAGCGGUCAACACUGAGCAGCUGGAAAACACAUUGAUAUGGUUCACUGGUGACAAUGGCCCGUGGGAGCAGAAAUGCCAGUUUGCUGGGCAUGUUGGGCCUUUUGUUGGAAAAUGGCAGACGAGCAGAGGUGGCGGCUCAGCCAAGAGAACCACAUGGGAAGGAGGUCAUAGAGUUCCCACAGUGGUCGCAUGGCCUAAGAAGAUCAAACCCAACAGCACCAGCAGCGCCCUGCUGAGUGGUCUGGAUAUCUUUCCAACUAUUCUCUCCCUGGCUGGUGUAAAACCACCAUCAGAUCGACGCUAUGAUGGCAUUGAUAUAACUGACAUUCUGCUCAACAACACUGACACAGGCCAUAAGAGUCUCAUGCAUCCAAACAGCGGUGCUGCAGGACUGUUUGGCGACCUUCAAACCGUCAGGCUGAAACAUCACAAGGCAUUUUACAUCACAGGUGGAUCAGUGACAUGCGAUGGAGGAAGCGGACAGCAGCAGUAUCACGACCCCCCUCUGAUAUUUGACCUCUCAUUGGACGAGGCAGAGGAGAGCCCUCUGAACCCUGAGAGUGAGGAGUACAGAUCUGUCCUGAAGGAAGUGGAGAGAGAGAGAGAGGCUCUGCUAUGGGACAUUGCCACAGAUAAGGUAUCAUUGGCCGACUACAGCGUGAAUCCGGCUGCAGUCCCCUGCUGCCAGUCACACAAGCCCGCCUGCCGAUGUCUCAGUUUAAAAUGAGGUCAGUUGGCUCAGCCUUGAACACAGCACUGUUUGUCAAUGGGCUAGAUCACAUCAACAUAUUGAAAGCACAGUGGGAAGAGCAUAGUUCAAAUAUUGAGCGCAAUGUCCCAGAAAACCACACUAGACUACCAAGAAGAUAUAUUGUUGAUGUGUAAAGAUAAGGCUGUGUAACAGGAAACUAUAGAUUCCAGGAUGUUGCAAUGCAUUUCUAUUCUGCUUUUUCAUUAUGAGGUAGACCAGGCAUUUUCAAACUGGGGUCAAACCCCAGAGGCCUGUAAGAGGGGUAAUCUCAAUUACUAAAGAAAUCAUGAGAUUAAUAACUUUCAUUCUUUUGACAGCUCAAUUUUUAACAAUAUGAAAUAAUCGGUCACACUUUAAGGUCCAAUCCUCUCUGUUAACAAACCAUUAACUAAGACUUUUGCCUCAAUAAACUCCUAAUUUGCUUCUUAUUAAUAGUUAGUAAGGUAGUUGUUAGGUUUAGGUAUUGGUAGGAUUAGGGAUGUAGAAUAUGGUAAUGCACAAUGUGUGCUUUAUAAGUACUAAUAAACAGCCAAUAUGAUAAUAACUGACAUGCUAAUAAGCAACUAGUUAAUAGUGAGAAUUGGUCUCUAUACUAAAGUGUUACCAAAAAGAUUUGUGUAUCUUACAUUACUGUAUGAAAAGUGCUAAAUGUAAAAUAAUAGUUAUUAGUUAAUAGUUAUUUAAUUUUGAAAAAAAAAAAACCUCUUUAUAAUUUUAUAGGUGCCUUUAUAUUUAGGGAGUAUAUAUUUUAGACAAUUCAAAUAUGAAUGUAUGAGAUACAAAUAAAAAUAGAUGGAAAUAUUUUGUAUAUAAAUGACAAAAUGGAUGAGAAAGUGUUACAUUAAAAAAGUGUUAUAACAACCGUCUUUCUUUUUCCUUACCAUGACUCCAUCUUGUGGUAAUACUGUGAAAAAUUACUUUUUACUGGAUUGAUUAAUAUUUAAGAAACUGAUAGUAUUGUGUUUUGUUACUUAUGACAUGGCUAAUCACCAUAGCAAAAAAAUCAUUAAUUAAAUUAUCAGCAUUUCUGACAAAAGCA